AUGAGAAUACUUGGAACCAGAAGUGGUUACGAUCGGGUGCCGAAUAUUGAGGCUGGUAUUCCAUCAGAAGGUGAAGCUGAAGACUUGCCACCGGAACCACCUGAAUACGUUGAUGAUUCGAAUGAAGGGGAGCCAAAUGAGCACAGAAGCUCUAUGGAGUCCAUGAUUAUAGAGGAUGUUCAAGAUAAUGAACGUUUAGUAAGCAAGUUUCGCCGUUUCAGGGACCAAUUCAGCGACAAUGUGGUUGAACCCAUGAGAGAAAAAAUAGUAGAUCCUAUGGCCCAAUUGCUGGGUAUGGCAUCAGAUAAGGUUGACCACUACCUGAACAAGAUAGGAAACCCGUUGAUCCUGAGGCGAUUUUUUUACAUAUUUGCGAUGUCUGCCAUCACUUAUAUGGUACUCACCAGUGGCUUCAUACCUGGGGAGAGAACUUCUGCUUAUAAAGGAAUGUUUUCUGAUCAUGGUGUGUUAUUGCAAUAUGCCAAAUCGUCGAUUGAUCUCUCCAAAUUCGAACGUGAUUGGGAAUACUUGAGUAGUAUGCCUCACAUGUCUGGAACCAAAGGCGACUCUGCAAUCAGACACUUUAUAGAAGAAUCAAUGAACAACAAUAGGCUGCGGCUGGUGAAAGAGAAUGAGUAUUUAGCGUACUCAAACUACCCGCAGGAGAUGUAUUUGAAAGCCUUCAAGAACGAUCAGGAGGUAGAUAUAGAACUUACACCUGAAAACUUUAAUCCGUUAGCGGCUACUGGGAAACUGAAAAAAGUGUCUUUAAUAUAUGCAAAUAUGGGUAUUACUGAGGAUCUACAACGAUUGAAGGAUCAGGAUGUACUAGUCGGUGAUUACAUUUUACUGGUUCAUUAUGGGAAACUCGUUAGUGAGCAGGUACUUGCAGCACAGAAAUAUGGUGCACAGGGUCUUAUUUUCAUAACGAGCCCCUUCGAGGAAAACAAAGACGUAAUACAGCAGAGGAGUGUUGGCAUGCCGCAAUACUGGUCAGGAGAUGCCAUUGAUCCCGGUUUAAACGAAGUAUAUGCCCCUCAAGUCGACACUGAACUUGAGCAGUCAAAGAGCGUACCUACAAUUUUGACAAUUCCACUAUCUUGGAAUCAAGGCUCAAAACUCCUCUCCUUACUCUCUGAAGAUGGUGUAAAAUUCGAAGAUAACGCCAGUGGAAAGCCGGGGGAUGUACUAAUUGACAUGUACGUCGAAAUGGCCGUUAGAAGUAAACACCCUGUAUAUGAUAUCCUGGGUAAGAUAGAGGGAAGGGAGCAGAAUGACAAGGCUAUAGUCAUUGCUGCAUCUAGAACGAGCACCAACAAUGGAGCUACGUAUCCUGCUUUCGGUACUACCAUGCUUCUCUCUUUACUUCAGAUGUUUCAAGAGCUAAAAUACAAAUAUGAUUGGAAACCUUUAAGAAAUAUUUAUUUCAUUUCAUUUGGGGGAGCAGAGUUCAAUUACGUGGGAUCCGCUGAACUGGUGAAGCAGAGAUUAGAUAAACUGAAGGACGAAGUCUAUUCCGUACUGGAUAUAAGUCAGUUAGGUAUUGACCCGAAUGAGAAGAAAAUCAAUGUUCAAGCUCAUCCACUUUUACACCAGUUCUUUGGCAGCGAGCUUGAGAACAUGGGCUUUGAUGUUUCUUUGGAGCACGUUAAGCAAUACGGGGACUGGACCCCAUUCAUGGCUAACGGUAUUCCCGUUUCGGUGUUGUCCACCCCAAAGGUAUUGAAUUUUCAACCGCCAAUUGGAACUUCGCAGGAUUUAUUCGGCAAUGUUGAUACAUUGCUAGAGGACUCAGGCAAACGUGAAGAUCUGUCUGACGUAUUGUUAUUUGCCUUCCAAUCCGCUUUGAAACUUGCAGAUAAACCUUUUAUCCCAUAUGAUGUCAGUGGAUACAUACAAUACAUCAACGAACUCUUGGAAGCGGUAGAGAAAAAAUGGACUGGUAAAUUAAAUUUUCAAGGCGUUAUAGAAUCUCUCUUGACCUGGAGGAAUAUCGGCGAAGAAUGGUCCGCUUGGCAUAAGGGCUGGCAAAACAUUGUAUUCUCCCGCGAAGAAGGAAUGGAACCUUCUUUGAUCUCAGUGCACAGAUGGACCUGGAACAAAAAACUAUCAAACAUCGGAAGAAGACAAUGUUAUCCCGACGGCCUAGCAAAUAGGCCCUACUAUAAAAACGUUAUACUUGGUCCUACAAUUUGGACUCAAAGUGACGGUGACGACUCGUGGAGUUUUCCAGGUGUUAGAGAUGCAGUAAAUGACGGAGACUGGCAGCGAGCUCAAGAAGAGCUUGAUUUGGUCGCCAAGGCACUCGAAUACUCGGCAACUAUAUUUCUCGAAGAGACUACAGAUGUAGGAAACUGA